CGGGCACGUUGUAAAAAGAGCCAGCCAACAGAGGGCGCUGAUUUGUUCUUUCAUUUUCUCGUGGCGCACGUGGGAAGGUCGAUGUCUCCGUUGUGCAGCAGCUUGUGAUUUCAACACAGUCUCCAGGUGACAACCUUGACAGUGAACCCCUGUCUGGAAUCUGAAGAUUUGACAUCAAGGAGAGACUCGGAUCCAGGAGUGUUAUAUAACAUCCGGCCAGCCCCGGUGAUUUCAUAGUGUGAAGCCUUCUGUGGCGAAAGACGUUUGCAGAAUUUGAUGUCAUAUUUAAUCCACCAUAAAGAUACGUAAAAGCACUUCAGAAAAAUGGACACAAAAUUAGGACCGGAGGUGAAUUGUCACCUAAGGGUGCACACGGAUGAGAAACCAUCAGUUUGUGUCACCUGUGGUAAAGCCUUUGCUCAGCAAGCUACUGGCAUACUAAGCAGACUUGAGAAGAUACACACGGGUGAUAAACCAUUUGUUUGUGAGACCUGUGGUACCGAAGCCUUCUCUGAACAAGGUGAUCUACAGAAACUGGAGGGGACACAAACAGGUGAGAAACCAUUUGUUUGUGCGACCUGUGGUAAAGCCUUUACUACACAAACAGAUUUUCAACGACACCACAAGAUUCACAUCACCAAUAAGAAACCAUUUCUUUGUGAGACCUGUGGAAAAGCCUUUACUCACCAAAUUCAUCUACGGAAUCACAGCAGGGUACAUUCGGAUGAAAAACCAUUUGUUUGUGAUACCUGUGGGAAAGCCUUUAAUUGGCAAACUGCUCUGCACAGACAUCGCAGGAUACACACCGGUGAGAGACCAUUCGUUUGUGAGACCUGUGGUAAAACCUAUAAUCAAAAAAGUACUCUGCAUGAACAUCGCAGGAUACACACCGGUGAGAGAUCAUUCGUUUGUGAGACCUGUGGUAAAGCCUUUAAUCAAAAACGUGUUCUGCAUCAACAUCGCAGGAUACACACUGGUGAGAGACCUUUCGUUUGUGAGACCUGUGGUAAAGCCUUUAAUCAGCAUGGUGUUCUGCGUCAACACCACAGGAUUCACACUGGCGAGAGACCAUUCGUUUGUGAAACCUGUGGUAAAGCCUUUGUUUGGCAAAGUGCUCUGCAUCAACAUCACAGGGUACAUACUGGUAAGAAACCUUUCGUUUGUGAAACGUGUGGUAAAGCCUUUAAUCAGCAAAGUGCUCUGCAUUACCAUCACAGAGUACACACUGGCGAGAGACCAUUCGUUUGUGAGACUUGUGGUAAAGCAUUUGUCCGACAAAGUCAUCUCCAUCAACAUCAGAGGAUACACACUGGUGAGAAACCAUUCGUUUGUGAGACCUGUGGUAAAGCCUUUAAUCAAAAAAGUGUUCUGCAUCAACAUCGCAGGAUACACACUGGUGAGAGACCAUUCGUUUGUGAGACCUGUGGUAAAGCCUUCACCCAGCAGAAUAAUCUACAGAAACACAACAGGACGCACACAGUUGAGAAACCUUUCGUUGAUGUGACCUGUGGUAAAUCCGUUGCUCUGCAAAGUGUUCUGCGUGAACAUCACACUGGCGAGAGACCAUUCGUUUGUGAGACCUGUGGUAAAGACUUUGUCCAACAAGGUAACCUCCAUCUUCAUCACAGUGUACAUACUGGAGAGAGGCCAUUUGUUUGUGAGACAUGUGGAAAAUCCUUUGUCCAACAAGGUAACCUCCAUCUUCAUCACAGGGUACAUACUGGAGAGAGGCCAUUUGUUUGUGAGACAUGUGGAAAAUCCUUUGCUCGGCAAAGUGUUCUGCGUGAUCAUCACAGGGUACACACUGGUGAGAGACCAUUCGUUUGCGAGACUUGUGGUAAAGCCUUUGCUCAGAAAAGUGCUCUGCGCACACAUAACAAGCUACACACAGACGAGAGACCAUUUCUAUGUGAGACCUGUGGUAAAGCUUUCACUCAGCAAAGUGGUCUACAGAAUCACAACAGGGUACAUACUGGUGAAAAACCAUUCGUUUGUGAGACCUGUGGUAAAGCCUUUGUCCAACAAGGUAACCUCCAUUGUCAUCACAGGGUACACACUGGCGAGAGACCAUUCGUUUGUGAGACCUGUGGUAAAGCCUUUGUCCAACAAGGUAACCUCCAUCAACAUCAAAUGGUACACACGGGUAAGAAGCCAUUCGUUUGUGAGACCUGUGGUAAAGCCUUUGUUCAGAAAAGUCAGCUGCGUAAACACUACAGGAUUCACACUGGCAAGACUUAAGGCAAUUGUGCUGUAUAAUUGUUCCUUCAAUCGAAGAUUUGUAACUUGUUACGGGCCCAGUAUAUCCUGAUUGUCCAUGAAAUUGUUACCUAUGGUUUACUGCUACUUACUUGUGGUAGCAAUAUGCUCAGGUGGCGUACAUCAAAUUUCCAGAAUUUCUUUUGGGACGCACAAUCGUAAAUGGUAGCUAUUUGUUAACUUUUUGUUUUGAAAAGUAUGCAGUACAUGCAUUUUUGAGAUUGCAAUACACGUAUUAUGUAACAUUUUCCAAAGCAUAACGUGACUUAUGAGGAAAUAAUCAUUCGUACCAUUAUAGCCUAAACUUGCAUGCAUUUGUGUAUUCCCAAUUAGUCGUACCAUCAUGGUAAUCAAACAGCCCCCCCCCCUCCCUUUCCCGAAGGGGAAAACCCGAGAUGUGCGUAAUGGUCUAAAACACACAUUGAUGUAUAUGGAAUACCCAACGUUUGUUUUUGCUGCAAUACUUUCACAAAUGAAUGGAUUUGGGGAUUGCGUUUUAUAGCAGAUAUUGUUACAAUGGCCCAUUUACAGUUUUAAGGUCGUUCACAGAUUCUGGGGGGGGGGGGGGGAUAAGGAAAAAUGCUGUUCAUGUUGCCUGAUUCCCUGAUCCCACAAUGGAGAAAUUCAUGGCCAUUGUAAUGUCAGGGUACCAAUCUAGCUGGAUUAAUUGCACCCGUUCACGGAUGAGACCGAUUGCAAACAAAAUGUGGACUAUAAAUGGGAGAUAGUCUUUGAGAAAAAGCCGGGUUUUUUUUCCAAACGAUAGUCAGUAUACCAAGUGUUGGAAAUUGAUACACAAACUAUUAUUAUUAUUUUUUUUCUUGUUGUUUCUUGAAAAUAACUGCACUGGUGCCAUGAUUUUACAGGACCGUUGAGGCUGUCGUUCACAGUCCAGUAAGGUAUUUCAUAAUAUUUUGGUAGUUUUCGUAUCUGCAAAAUACGUUGUAUGUUGCUUUUUAUGUAAGGAAAUGUAAGUAGAAUGGUACAAUAAUUCAAUAUGUAUUGAUUUUGCGAUGUAUUGAUUUUGCCAGGGGAUUGAUUACUCGGAAGAAUUAGUUUCGUAUUCCCGAUUCCAUAGUUAUUCUUCCAGAGUGGUCUUGGGUACAUUUGUAAUUAUUAUUUGAACUCUGAAAAAAAAUUGCCUCAGUCGUUAGCAUGGAUGGAUGUUGCUCAACGUAUACGUUAGGAUCAAUACACCGUGGUUUUAAUUUUCAAAAUUUCUUUCCAUGGACUGGUUGCUAUGGGGCCGCACAAAAUGCCGAUUUUUGUUUUUAGCCCUCUCAGUGGUUCGACCCCCCCCCCCCAUCUCAUUAUUGAAAUAUAUAUGUACAUUUUAAUAUAAAGCAUAACGAUUGCGCUAUGCUUGCCGGCUACUUGAAGCAGUCUUUUUAUUGGUCCUUCGUAUUUAAGUUAGUAGUAAAAGUUUAACAUAAAACAAACUAGUUAACGACUUUAAAACCAUAGUGUCGUGGACACAUGUUGGCCUAAACGACAGAAUUUCGGGGGAUUUUUUUGUGGAAAAGUUUGGGGUAAAACGAUGGCGAAUACGAUAUAAUGCAACAUGAUGUUACUUUGAAAGAGAGCGCUCGAUCACCAUGACGCACCAUGAAUGUGCAAAACCAGGUUGACUCGCAUUGCGUUAACUGUAUACAUUUGCAUACGAAAAUCGUAUUUCGAUCACAAGACACUCUUCAAAUUAAAAAUAAAAAUCGAUUUGAGAAGUCAGAUUUGCGUUGUGGAAGUUGUUUUGGAAUGAUAAGCAAAUAUACAUACUUGACCAAAACUAAGCAGGGGAGACAGUCGCAACUUUAUCAUUUUGCGGUCUCUUAAAGUUGAUGACCUCCAAAGGAGUUGGCCGGCUGGCGGUGGCAUUAGAAAAAAAUGUAAAUGCUGGGGUGCAGGUGGAGUGGAGGGUACAGUGUUAUAUCGAUUUUCGAUAAAAGCUUGUCCUGGUAUUGGUCAUAAAUAUGAGAAUUUACAGUUAUUUUAUGGCAAUUAGUUAAAAGCAAAUAAUUAUCGCUCGUGCAUGACUGUAAUUAUGUACGCAUUAUUUUGUUUGGGCCACGCCCCUCCCCCAAUCGUGCGUGCGUAAUUGAUGGACGGCCCGCGAUUUUUGCUUCCAAACGACAUCCGCAUAUGGGUGUGCGCUAUGGCGUUUGAACUUGACUUUUCCAAAAACAUGAGAAGAAAAUAUAAAAUAAGAAGGGGAAAAAAGGAAUUUGAACGUUUCGAAAUUCGGACGUUAUUUCCCUUUUUAAAAAAUAUCCUCCAAAGACGCAGGUUAGAAAAGAAAAAAAUUGGGUGAAAACCGUGUUUUGAACCCGCAAACUUCGCGGUGCAGAAUCAAGAUCCUGUAUCGACUGAGAUAUUGCGGUGCUUGCCAAAACGUGGGGAAAAAAUAAUUACAUGUAUAUACCUGCGCACGCACCAUAAAAGUAUCGUAGAGGGCGCUAAAUAUAUGCUGAUGUCGUUUGGGAAACGAAAAUUUGCGGACGGCCUAAUAAUAUUGUGUUACAAAUGGAGGCUAAUGAAUGUUGUCGCUUGUCUCCCAUUUUACCCUAUGCCAAGAUUUCAGCUAGACAAAUAAACAUGUACAUUGUUUAUUGGACCCAAAGUGUGAAACACCUUACCAGAUUUUAUUAAGUUUGUUAAAAGUUUUUUUUCGAUCGUUGGGUUUUGUGAACAUAAAAAAACUGCUUGCAAUGUUUCUUCAUUCAUUAAAAUUACAUUGAUUGUCAGGUUUUAAGCUUCCAGUUUAUCAUUGUUGUAGUAAAGGUUGUUUUUAGUUUUUGCUUAA